AUGUUAUCUCGGUGGUCUGCGGUGUUGGCGAUUUUUAUCGUGACGUGGAGUUCAUCACAUCAAGCACAGGCUGCCUCGCCGCGAUGGGAACCUCAAAUUUCGGUGCUAUGUGAAGCCGGCCAGACAUAUCACCCGCAAUAUCUCUCAGAGGAAGGCAGAUGGGCGACGGAUCUGAGCAUCAAAGUCCCUGGUUCGACAUGCCUACGGGACAAAAUGGAUCUGCUGGAUUACUGCAAAAAGGUGUAUCCAGGUCGUGAUAUCACGAAUAUCGUCGAGUCGUCCCACUAUCAGAAAAUCGGUGGCUGGUGCCGACAAGGUGCACUGAACGCAGCCAAGUGCAAAGGCGCUCAGCGAUGGAUCAAGCCAUUUAGAUGCUUGGAAGGUCCGUUCCAGUCAGAUGCACUUCUGGUGCCUGAGGGUUGCCUGUUCGACCACAUUCAUAACGCGUCCCGGUGCUGGCCGUUCGUCAGGUGGAAUCAAACCGGUGCCGCCGCAUGCCAGGACCGCAACAUGCAAAUGCGUAGCUUCGCCAUGCUGCUACCAUGUGGAAUCUCACUGUUCUCCGGUGUUGAGUUUGUGUGCUGCCCGAAGCAUUUCAAAGUGCCGAUGAAAGUGAAAAAGACCGACCUUCCGGUAUUACCACAAGACCCUGAAGUAUUGCCAUCGCUAGACGACACAGAGACCGACAACUCGGAAGAUGACGAUGACGAGGAUGACAUUGAUGAUGAUGAAGAUGAGGACAUGAUGGGUGAUGAGCCAAUUGAGAGCGAUGAUGACGAAUACGAUUCCGAAGAAGAUUUUGACACUGAUAAGGAACCGGAUACUGGGUCCGCGGUAUGGGACACUUUCAGCACACCACUUUCGUUGAUGGGGUCUAACAAGGAAAAGAAAGACUCGUACACCACCACACCAGCCAGUACAACAGAAAAGCAAACCGAAAUUCCCACUACUCCUAUCACAGCCAUACCGACCCCCGAUCCGUACUUCACUCAUUUCGACCCACGUUACGAGCAUCAGAGCUUCAAGAGUUUGCACACUGAAUUUCAGGAAGCACAACAGCGACUCGAGGAAAGCCACCGCGAAAAGGUCACAAGAGUCAUGAAGGAUUGGUCCGACUUGGAAGAGAAGUAUCAGGAUAUGCGUCUCGCGGAUCCUAAAUCAGCUCAAACUUUCAAACAGCGCAUGACCGCUAGGUUCCAGACUUCUGUGCAGGCACUUGAAGAGGAAGGCAACUCGGAGAAACAUCAACUGGCAGCAAUGCAUCAGCAACGGGUGCUGGCCCACAUCAACCAGCGUAAGCGAGAGGCAAUGACCUGUUACACCCAAGCAUUAACCGAACAACCACCAAACGCUCAUCGCGUAGAAAAAUGUUUACAAAAAUUGCUACGUGCAUUACAUAAAGACCGCGCGCAUGCUCUUUCUCACUACCGUCAUUUGUUAGGAUCAGGAGGUACCGGAGGUCUGGAGGCCGCAGCCUCCGAAAGACCACGCACCUUAGAGCGAUUGGUGGACAUCGACCGUGCUGUUAACCAAUCAAUGGCUAUGCUCAAACGCUACCCAGAACUCUCGACAAAACUGUCCCAACUAAUGGAUGAUUACAUUCAAGCGUUGCGAUCGAAGGAUGAAACUCCAGGAUCGAUGUUAGCCAUGACAGAAGAAGCCGAAGCAACCAUUUUAGACAAAUACCGCAUGGAAAUUGAGCGUAAAGUUAGUGAGAAAGAACGUCAACGUCUAGCUGAAAAGCAACGAAAAGAGCAACGUGCCCAGGAACGUGAAAAAAUCCGCGAAGAGAAGCUACGCUUGGAAGCUAAAAAGAUGGAAGCUGCCUAUAAGCAGCAACAAUUACAACAGCAGCAACAACAGCAGCAACAGCAGCAGCAACAACAACAGCAACAGCAGCAGCAGCAACUUCAACAACAGCAGCUACAGCAACAACAACAACAGCAGACUCAGACUCAUCAACCAGUUUCGGAACAGCCAGCACAAACUCAAAAGCAAACCGAGCAAGAUACACAGAAGGAUAUCGAAACUACCCGUGACUACACCGAGGAAGUAACCAACACUAUUAGUCCCCAAUCGACAGCUCUGCCAACCGUCGAUGAUGAAGCGGUGCAGCGCGCAGUCGAGGAAGUAGCUGCCGCGGUGGCACACCAGGAAGCGGAACCCAAAAUGCAGCAUGUACUGGCUCAUGACAUCGGCCAUGGUGAACCGAGCUACUCGGUCAGACGAGAAAUCUACGGUUCCAGCGGCCAUGAUGGCAAGAAUGUUUACUUUACUCUUGCAUUCGCCGGCAUUGCACUGAUGGCUGCAAUAUUCGUUGGAGUUGCUGUAGCUAAAUGGAAAGCUUCAAGAUCGCCUCAUGCUCAAGGAUUUGUCGAGGUCGAUCAGACUGUUGGACAACCCGUUACACCAGAGGAACGACACGUUGCAAACAUGCAAAUCAACGGCUACGAGAAUCCAACCUAUAAGUACUUUGAGGUGAAGGAAUAA